UCGAGGUUGCAUUUGUCAUUCGUCAUUCGUUUUGAUUAAUCGAAAAUAUCCUUGAGUUUAUUUUUAUUUCUAAGCUUAAAUUUAUGAAGAAACUAGUAUUUAAGACUAAUCAGUUGAUAAUAAAGCCAAUUAAAUACAAAAGGACUAGCACAGGAAAGACCUAAGCCGCCGCCCGCCGCGCCGGACGGACGUCUUCCUUCACCAUGCUGCUUCUCGUGCUGUGUCUCACGGCCGCCGCCGCCGGCUAUGUUGAUAAACAAGCCCCUCCUCAAUGGAGCCCCGUGUACUCCGUGAAGGGCGCGCUGAUGAUUCCCUACGCUGAACUGGUCGAACCAUUCUCUGCAUGGUUUGACAGCAAGAAUGGCAAGUCCCGCAUCGACUACUACGGUCAGAUGGUCAAGACCUACCAGUUGACCUCAACAGUGUACCCGAAAUACGGCACAAUGAUCAAAAUCGCGCCGGUGACCACCGAGACCGUCCUGAACAAGCAGACGUGUCUGCAAGUGAACGGGACGGACGGACAGACGGUCAAUAUACAAAACGUCCUCCCCGACAUGACGGACUUCAAGUACAUUGGCACUGAAAACAUGCGUGACACCGAGACCACAAAAUGGCGGAUGACGACCACUGUGGGCGACAAAAUUAACAAGUACACCGUGUGGGUCAAAUACAAGAAGGACCUCAGAGGAGACGCUCUGCCCAUACCAAUCAGAUACGAGAUGAAGGGUUUCAACUCCCUGCUGGGCUCGCACUACGACCACUACUACAUCGAGUAUAUGGACUACGAUGUUGAGGACAUUGACCCUGACGUCUUUAAAAUUGACCCGGGUAUGGAGUGCACUUCGUUCCCCGGGCCUGGGAGCCGGCACAUGGCCACCUUCAACCCCAUGAAGGAGUUCGUGCACCCCGUGCACGACGGGCACGUGCACGACGAGUUCAACAGAUUCAAGAACAAGCACGGCAAGACAUACCACGGUGACGUGGAACACGAGAAACGCUUGAACAUCUUCCGGCAGAACCUCCGCUUCGUCCACUCGCACAACCGCGCCCGACGCGGCUACACCAUGGCCGUCAACCAUCUGGCGGACAGGACUGAUGAUGAACUGGCUGCCUUGAGGGGGAGGAAAUAUAGUGGACCCAACCCAGGCCUGCCAUUCCCAUACGGGCAGGAGGACAUCGAAGCGGAGAGCGACAAGCUGCCUUCAGAACACGACUGGAGACUCUUCGGUGCCGUUACUCCCGUUAAAGACCAGUCGGUGUGCGGGUCGUGCUGGUCGUUCGGCACGGCGGGCGCGGUGGAGGGCGCGCUGUUCCUGAAGAACGGGAACCACCUCGUGCGCCUCAGCCAGCAGGCGCUCGUCGACUGCUCCUGGGGUUUCGGUAACAACGGGUGCGACGGCGGCGAGGACUACCGCGCCUACCAGUGGAUCAUGAAGCACGGCUUGCCUACCGAGGAGGACUAUGGCGGCUACCUGGGACAGGACGGGUACUGCCACAUCGACAACGUGACCCUCGUGACCUCCAUCAAGGGCUGGGUCAACGUCACCACCAACGACGAAAAGGCUCUCAGGCUGGCCAUCUUCAAGCACGGCCCCGUCUCGGUGGCCAUCGACGCGUCGCACAAGACGUUCAGCUUCUAUUCUCAUGGCGUCUACUACGAGCCCCAAUGCAAAAGCAAGGUGGAAGACCUGGACCACGCGGUGCUGGCGGUCGGCUACGGCAUCCUCAACGGACAGAAGUACUGGCUGGUGAAGAACUCGUGGUCCAACAUGUGGGGCAACGACGGCUACGUGCUAAUGUCGUCCAAGGACAACAACUGCGGCGUCAUGAGUGCGCCCACUUACGUACUCAUGUAGAUUUUAGAAGGAAAAGUUUAACAGACAGACACUAAAGAAAAACUAACAGCACAGUUUAAACCUGACUUUAACCUACAUUAUUUGAUCAUGUUAUGUUUUCAUCUACCCUCAACUGGGUUAAGGAGCCAUUUGAGGGUAGAUUUUUUUAACUUUUAUUUAAAUACCUGAAGACAGAGUAUAGUAGCGAAAUAUAUUUCUUAAUAAUUUAAACUUUCAUCGCAUAUUAAAUUUAACAUUCCAGUACCUAUCUUUAUAUUAAUCCAUUUUGGCACAGGGUUUUUUAUGUGUAGAUAUCACUUUUUUUUUAGUUUUAUGUAAUAUUUUGUAUUGUUAACGAAAGUAGUUUAUAGGGAGCGUGCAUGAACUGUAGGAGGCAGCACAGGAGCUGUCAGAUUUUUGGCGCGAGGAGUAAAUGUGAUGUUUAUUGUUCCGAUGUAGCCCACAAGAUGGCAGCACCUACUAUGCACAAGAAAACACGUGACGUGAACAUGUGCAUGUUUUUGGUUCCGAUUCAGGCCACAAGAUGGCAGACCCUCCAACGCGCACGGUCCCUAUAGGGAGCGUGCAUGAACUGUAGGAGGCAGCACAGGAGCCGUCAGAUUUUUGGCGCGAGGCGCAAAUGUGAUGUUUAAUUGUUUAUUGUUCCGAUGUAGCCCACAAGAUGGCAGCGCCUACUAUGCACAAGAAAACACGUGACGUGUACAGUCAGCGUCAAAUACUUCGUAGCAGUCACUGUACAUGUGCAUGUUUAUGGUUCCGAUUCAGGCCACAAGAUGGCAGACCCUCCAACGCGCACGGUCCCUAUAGUGAUAUCAAUUUAAUUAUAGAAAUACUUUUAUAUGUGUUAAUUACGUCAAAAUGAAAAGUUCUAGAGCAAUCCAUGUCAAAUAAUAUGUAAGUUUAUCAUAGCUUAAGAGUUCUUAAGAGGAAAGGCGAUGGCCGCUUCUCCAUACAAACGUAGUCCCCAUUUUCCUCCCCGUAUAUUGACAUUCUGGAAAAUAAUUUUACAUAAUUUGAUGUAUAUUCACAAUAACUAUGCCUACCUUUGACUUUUUUCGAUUUUUUGAUUGUUGUAAAAAUUUGGAGCGAACAGAUUUCAUACAAAUUUUAAAAUGCUCCUAGCUCAUAUAAUAACAAAAAAAUUUAAAAUAAUCAAAUCAUAGCUGUCAAUAUACAGUCACGUCUAAAUAUAUCGAUUCGAACAAAGUGCCAAAAAUAUGUAUACACAACAUUAUAGCCCAUCUAUUAAGGUUGUGUAUACAUAUUUUUGGCACUUUGCCCGUAUCGAUAUUUUCAGACGUGACCGUACAACAAAUUGUAUUUUUUUAAUACUACCGACGCACAAGCAUAGUGGCCCGCCUGAUGGUAAGCAGUCUCCGUAGCCUAUGUACGCCUGCAACUCCAGACGAGUUACAUGCGCGUUGCCGACCCUAACACUCGGCACCCUUGUUGAGCUCUGGCAACCUUACUCACCGGCAGGAACACAACACUAUGAGUAGGUAUAAAAAUAUUUUCAAUAAAGUUAAUAUCCUGAGACGAAAAUGCGGAUUACGUUUGUAUGAAAGGGCGUUAAAGAUUAUAAGCACACCCUCGCACGCACUCUUCACGCAAGCGGUGUGGCGUCUCUCAUAACAAUCUGUAUAAUUCAACGCGCUCUUUCCCUUCUACGCAAACGCGUCCGGUGUGCACACGAGUUAACAUUGUGUAGUUAUACAUUUAAAAGAGAAUUGGUUAAGAUCCAUAGAAUAAAGAUAAAAAGUUGUCUUUCA